CGAACACAUGCCAUUGACACCUAAAGUAAUACCCUGGACUUGAAUAAAGGCAUUGAUCAUGAUGGUUACUAUCCAUGGAUUAUACAUAAGAAUACAGCCGCCGUUUCCAAGAUAGAUAGCGCGCUUAUCGUGUCAAGAUAUAGCGGGUAGAGCACGUGCCACAAAUCCCACUUAUCAUGUGAUAGUUACUCAAAGUUGGCGCAGCCGCUAAACCAAAAACGCGUGGAUAAUUGGACGUCGCGUCGCUUUUGCCCUUCGGUGAUAUUAUCUCCAAAACCAACGACGACGACGAAUAUUGAAUCCCGCGGACGAACAGAGAAGCGUGCAGGCUUUACGUAUCUCUUGAUUGCUUUCCCAUAGUCCAAGACUUCUUCCAGCAGAUUGAGAAGAUGACCCUAGACAAUCCUGCGGAGCAAUUUCUCCGCCCGCCAAGUGAUAAUGAGGAAUAUGCACCAGUAUAUCGGCAGCCGUCGGCAUAUUCCCCGCUCUCUACCUUCGUCUUGCCACGGGGAGAAAUGAGGCACUAUCAGCAGCAAUAUGCUGACAUUUACUUUUUGCGAUUGGCGAGGUUGAAGCCUGCCGUUACAGAAAUUGCGGUCGCUUCAUGGGAAGGGUUUAAUAUUGCAGGAGAGUAUGCAAGGCGGGUAGACAGAGUGCUUGACGUACGGCAAGGCGAACUAUGUUGGGUCGCUGGCACAAUCUAUAUGGAUCUUCCCUUGAAGCCUAACAUUCUAGACGACAUUUCAAAAGAACACUGGACUGCAGCCCCUCCUAGUCGAAAAACAUAUGUUGAUUCUUCGAAUCAAUCAUUGACAAAGACCAUGCUAGAGGAUGAGUCAGGCCGUUUGCAACUGACCGGAACUUUACUACAAUCAUCUCUUCUCGUCACAGGCGCAAUUGUUGCAGUCCUCGGCACGGAGAACGCCAAUGGCGAUUUUGAAGUCAUCGAUAUUAAGGUACCCGAUCUACCGCCUCAGCCCGAGCGUUGGGAGAGGUCAUCUGCUCAUCAAGAGCCUACUAAGCGGAAGCGCAGUUCUCUCGAAGAAAGUAGCGACGGAACUGAAGGGAAAAGAAAAAGGAUAGCCCUAGUCAGCGGUCUUGGUAUCACCGGCACUUCAGGAGACACACUGGCCUUGUCCCUCUUAACAGAUUACCUUCUUGGAUAUAACGAGCCUCCCAUUCAAACACACAACGGCAAUAACCCUCCAUCCUCGUCCCAAAUAACCCGCCUCAUAAUUGCCGGAAAUUCCCUUGGUGGUAGCAUGAUUAUCCCUCAUUCAGAAGCUGAAAAGGCGGACCCCGCCCUGGCGAAAAAGCGUCACGCCCCUAAAAAGUACGGUUACGAUGCCACAGCUUACAACGCUUCGCCAAUAAAUCAUUUCGAUUCAUUUCUCGCUGAGAUUCUUCCAAGUAUUCCCGUUACCCUUAUGCCUGGCGAAACCGAUCCCGCGAAUUUCUCACUGCCCCAACAGGAAAUUCACAGGGCAAUGUUUCCCCGUUCAAAGGCCUAUUGCUCUGCAGCGCGCCCAGGAGCGGCGGAGCAGGCCGCAGACCCAGGCUGGUUAGAUAAUGUCACGAAUCCCUGGGAGGGCGAGGUGGAGGGCUGGCGAUUUUGGGGAUGCAGUGGACAGAAUGUUGAUGAUGUGCUUCGCUAUAUAGAUUUGGAGGCCGAAGGGGAUAUCAUCCAGGGUAGUGAGAGUGACAAAGAUGGUGAGGCGCGAUUACAGCUAAUGGAAACCAUGCUAAGGUGGCGUUGCGCUGUACCCACCGCCCCUGAUACGUUAUGGUGCUAUCCCUAUCAAUCCCACGACCCAUUCACCCUCCAGGCCUGUCCGCACGUCUUUUUCGCAGGGAACCAACCAAGUUUCCGAACGGGAAUUGUCGAAGGCUCCGCCGCCGCUCUCUCUUCUUCGGAUAACGGUGAAGAGCAGAGUACCCGCGUACGCGUAAUAGCGCUUCCGAAAUUCAGCGAGACCGGCGAGAUCGUACUUGUUGAUGCGGAGACGUUGGAAGUGGAAGUUGUCAAGUUUGCUACCUUUGAGAAGGAGAGUGCGGAGAACCAUCGUGAUAGGGAUGUGAAAAUGGAGUAGGGUUGUAUUGCUGGGGAGUAUUUAACCAUGUUUAUGUGACUUUUAGCUAUUGGAGGGAAGUAUAUUAUUGCAUAUUUAGAUAUCACUUAUGAGAUGCAGCAUGUCAGGUAUGAAUGCGAAGAGGGGCAUAGCCACCGUAAUUAAGCGUAGCGCGCUGGAACUUUCCCUCAAUGAGAGUAGGCUGGAACUUGCAUUAGUGACCGAGUUACAGCAUCGAUAGGUGAAUUCUCCCUGUCCUAAUUUCCCAUUUUGGUAAUCUCUCGACAUCGUGGAACUCGGCGCCCUCAAGACACUGAGGCGUAUGUACGGAGUACAGAAGGAUAAAUCAUUGCUGACUCUUUUCCCCCUCUUUUUUUUUUUUUUUUUUUU